UACGAAGCCUGAACGUUUGGAGAAUCAUCGGCCUUUGGGUUCAUCGAUCUCAUAUCUCAUCUGGAUAUAUUGACAGAAAGAGAAAUAAAUGGCGCGUUGUCCUCAAGUUUGGUUACUUUUCCUAGCCAUUUUGUUCUUGGUAAUAAGUGUUCAAAAUUCACAAGCUCGUCUAAGAGACGAAAAUGGAGUAAAAUCUGGUGUAUUUCUAUCACCCAAGUUUGUGCUGGAACCAGGAUCAGUGGCGAACAAAGUCUACUACAAUAUUGACUUUCCUAGAGGUCAUAUUGCUAUCAAGGAGUUCAAUGCUGAAGUGGUUGAUAAGGCAGGAAAUCCUAUCCCCCUUUACAAAACUUAUCUCCAUCACUGGCUUGCUCUGAGAUACUACCAACGUAAAGGUGUUGAAAUUUCAAAUUUCAAUGAUAGUUUGGGUUUCCAUCAAUCGGAUAUUAUCAUUGUGAGGAAUAGUGGGAUAUGUGAGGCUGGCCUUUCACAAUAUUUUGGCCUUGGAUCUGAGACACGAAAAACAGCCACACAUGUGCCGGAUCCUUAUGGAAUAGAAGUUGGUAAUCUGGCAGAAAUUCCUGAUGGGUAUGAGGAGAAAUGGUUGCUCAAUGUGCAUGCUAUUGAUACACGGGGUGUAGAAGAUAGGUUGGGGUGCAUUGAAUGCAGGUGUGAUUUGUACAAUGUUACAGAGGAUGAACAUGGCCAGCCUUUGAAGCCACAUUAUGUAGGGGGCUUGUAUUGUUGCUAUGAUGAGACACGAUGUAGAUUGAGAAAAGGCUUUGAUAGUGCCAAGAGAAGCCUCUACUUGAGGUACACAGUCAAGUGGGUUGAUUGGGAUAAUUCUAUUGAUCCUGUAAAUAUAUAUAUAUUUGAUGUUACUGAUACAUGGAAAAGGUCUGAUCAAUCAACAGGACUCAGUAGAAGACAUGAUUGCGCGAUUGAGUAUGAUGUUGAAUCUUGUUCCACUAGCAUGGCUAGUGACAGUUGCAAUAAUACCAAAAGGGUGAGCCUUAUUCUGCCCACUGGUGGUGAUGUCAUCUACGCUGUUGCUCACCAGCAUGCCGGGGGAAUUGGUUCAACUUUAUAUGGAGAGGAUGGACGAGUUAUUUGCAAAUCAAUACCAACUUACGGAGAAGGAAAGGAAGCAGGAAAUGAGGCUGGUUAUAUUGUAGGAAUGUCCACCUGUUAUCCUCAACCUGGGUCUGUCAAGAUAUCUGAUGGGGAGACUCUGAUUCUGGAAUCUAAUUAUAACAGUGCCCAAAGACAUACUGGAGUUAUGGGGCUCUUCUACAUUUUGGUUGCAGACCCUUCACCAAAACCUGAAUCGGUCUUGCGUGCUCCGUUUGAAGUGUAAGAAAAGCUGGCAAUACCCAAUUUUGUUUGGGUCAUAGCAUUGUUUGGAACGGUAGUAGCUAUUGCAGUUUAUGGACAAAGGACCCGAAGAGAGGAUGUUUACCAAUCAAUAGUGAUGUGAGCUUAUUUCUCCAUGUUUUGGUCAUGUGAUGCAACACAAAAAAGCUGUUGGAUAGUUUCACUCAUCUGUAAGCAUGCAUAAUGUAAUUUCUAUGAGGUAAAAUAAUGGAAACCUUUGUCUCUAAACCUAGUUCUUGUUCUUACCCUACUAAUCUAUAUACAUACAUAUCAACCUCAUUAUUCAUAACUGGGGGAGGGUGUUGAUUAGGUCUGUCAAUUGUGUCGGAUGAGGCAGAUUCGUGUUAAAUCUUAGCGAGUUUGUGUCAAAAAAUAUUUUAUCCAUACCCGAUUUAUUUAUUAAUUCAUUUUUAAUGACUCAUGUUAUAUCGG